AUGCAGGUGACGUCCACGGGCCCGCGGACCGUCCAGAAGGCUGAGGGGGAAAGCGUAACGCUGGGCUGCAGCUACACACCGAACCCUUUGGACACCGGGGAGCUUGACAUCGAGUGGUCUGUGGUCAGUCCAGACACCACGCAGAAAGAUCAAAUGCUUAUAUCCUAUACCGGCGGCACUAAAUACUUGCACGCUCUCGCAGAAGGGCUCAGUUUUGCAGCCGGCGACCCGUCGACCGGUGACGCUUCGCUUUCGAUCGCUCUGCUGUCGCCUGCUCACACCGCUACCUACCAGUGUAAAGUUAAGAAGUCGCCCGGAGUGGACACGCGCAAGAUGUCACUGGUGGUAAUGGCGAAGCCGUCUGUACCCGAGUGCUGGGUGGAGGGAGGGGAGCUGGUCGGCGAGGCUGCGUCGCUGCACUGCCGGUCCGCAAAAGGCUCCACUCCCUUAAAAUACACGUGGAGGCGAGAAAGCGCAGCCCCCAUCCCUGCUGCAGCCACGCAGGACAGUGCAACCGGGGAGCUGAAAAUCAGCAACCACUCGCUGAGCUUUGCGGGAAUCUACGUUUGCGAGGUGAACAAUGCUGUUGGAGCCGAGCGCUGCAGGAUCCACCUGAAAGCCAACAAGCCUCCGAACAGAGCUGGGGUGAUCGUCGGCACCGUCGUGGGUUCUCUGCUUCUCAUCGUCAUUCUGCUGAUCUUCAUCGGGGUCCUUUACUGGAAGCUGAGCAACAGAAAUCGCUAUGAGAAGGAGGUCUCCAAUGAGAUCAGGGAGGACUCUGCGCCUCCUGACAGCCGCCCGGUCAGUCGUCGCAGCGGCGGUCGCCACGUGGCCUACAGCCCGGUGGACGGGACCGAGGUGAGCUCCUUCAGCGACGGACGCUCACAAACUCCCUCCAGCGUCGUCCACGGACACACGGUCACACGGGUUGAAUAUGACAGCAAGUACGGCUAUGCGGUGUGA